AUGCUACUGCUGGUGAUGCUGCUGCUGCUGGUGAUGCUGCUGCUGCUGGUGAUGCUGCUGCUGCUGAUGAUGCUGAUGAUGCUGCAGAGACAGAGGCUGUAAGUGAUCGCGAUCUGCAAAGAAAAUGAAUGCAAAUAGCGUCAUGAUUUAUUGUGCACAUACAUACACCGUCACAUACAGACUAACCUCCUUCCAAAACUCCCAACACUCUUGGACACUGCCAGAGGCAAGUUUACAAGUGCCCUUUUGUACCCCACAUCUGUUACAGGUAUCUGGGGUAUUCAAAUUAAAAUUUAUUUAGUUUUACUAAAGUAAUAUACACCCAUAUCAACCGAUUAUAUUGUAGGAGUCUUAGGCGUGUAUUACCUGUCCCUGUCUGGGUUGCUUUACAGGCUUUAUGCCCAGACAGGGACAAGUCCUCCCGUGGAUCUGAUUUUCAUGCAUUAAACUUAGACUCAGAAAAAUCAGGAGAGAAAUCUUUUAUUAAAUCAUAAAUUUUAUAGAUGAUACUUUCUCCUAAGUAAUUUUUUGUAAAAAUUUCCUCCAGUAUUGUUAGUGGGGGAUGGAACAUAUAAUGGGCUUGAGUUUGUUUUGAUCAAGUUCUUUUUUGUUUGUUUUAUUGAAGAAACAUGAAAGAGGUCAGGUCAAAAAUCCAAAGGAAGAUCAAACCAGACUUGAAAGCUUCUAUCUGUCACAGUGUUGAUGACGCUUCACACCUUGACUACAGCUUUUAUCCUGAUGACACUUGAGUGCUCCCUUCCAGGGUACUUGGCUGACGAGGCCCCUGUGGUGCGCAACACCUCUGUGAGGCAGAAAGGUGGACAAUCUUCAAAGCGAAAUGUUAUGAAUAUAACUUCUGUUCCCUGAAGGAGAGGAACGAGGUACAACACAUAUAGUAUGGGAUAUCACGCCCCUGCGUGACCUGACUGAAGACACCUUUAUUCACGCCUUUAAGGCAGAUGAUCUGUGGUGACGUCUGGGAGGCUCCGCCUGCACAUAUAUACGUGUAACACCACAGUCAUCCUUCAGUUCGAUAGCCGCUCUUCACCGAGCUCUGCCGCGCAGCGGGCAACCCAGUGUUGUACCUCGUUCCUCUCCUUCAGGGAACAGAAGUUAUAUUCAUAACAUUUCGUUCCCUUUCAGUCGAUUCACUCGGUACAACACAUAUAGUAUGGGACAUAUAUACACGCCCCGCAGAGCAGCCACCGAACCGAAGUCAAACCUCCAAAACUUUUAGUGCAUUGUAGACCCAGCAGAAAGGACAGCGUGAGCCACCGAAGGUGCUGUCACAUCCAAACGGUAAAACCGAACAAAAGUGUGCGGUGAUGACCAACUGGCUGCAGUGCAGAUAUCACUCACAGAAACCCCUUUAAACAAGGCCCAAGAGGCCGCCAUUCCCCUGGUUGAAUGUGCCCUCACACCUUGGGGCAACGGGAGACCCCUGCUGCCGUAUGCUAAGGAGAUAGCCUCCACAAUCCAGUGGGAAAGCCGCUGCUUAGACAGCGCCUUGCCCUUGGCUGGAUUAGCAAAACAGACAAACAACUGGUCACAUAAACGCACACUCUGAGUGCGGUCUAUGUAAGUGCGUAGUGCACGCACAGGGCACAAGGAAUGCAACCUCCUCUGCUCCUCAGAUGCAAAUGGAGGGGGGCAGAAGCUCAGCAGUUCAAAACUCAUAGAGCUAUAGGCUGUGGGGAUAAUCUUAGGUAAAUACGCCGCGUUUGGACGCAAUGUAGCCUUAGAUCCAUCCGGAGUGAACUGGGUACAAGAGGGAUGCACAGACAAAGCAUGAAGGUCGCCCACUCGCUUUGCAGACGUCAAAGCAAGUAGCAGUGCAGUCUUGUAUGAAAGAAAUUUCAUGUCUGCUGACUCAAUAGGCUCAAAUGGGGGUCCACCAAGAGCCUCAAGCACCAACCCUAAAUCCCAUGAGGGAACACUGGGUUUAAGAACAGGUCUUAGCCUGCGGACUCCCUUUAGGAAGCGCAUAGCAAGAGGGUGAGCGCCUGGCGUCACACCAUCAAAGCCAACAUGGCAUGUAGAUAUAGCCGCCAAAUAGACCUUAAUUGUUGAGAAAGAGAGACCCUUAUCCAGCAGGUCCUGAAGGAAUGUUAAAACAUCCACAAUAGAACUCUGAAAUGGGAGUACAUUUCGGUCCUGACACCACUGCUCAAACGCCCGCCAUUUAUAGGCAUAUAGGCCCCUAGUAGAUGAUGCCCUUGCACUCUGGAUUGUUGCCACCACAUUUGGGGGCAGACCCUGAGCCAUUAAGUUGGACCUUUCAACAGGUAAGCAUGUAGUUUCCACAGUUCUGGGCGCGGGUGAAUCACCUCUCCUCCCGCCUGGGAGAGGAGGUCCCUGCAAAAAGGGAGCUGCCAGGGCCUCGCUACCAGCAGACUGAUUAUCUCUGCGUACCACGACUUCGCCGGCCAGCGAGGAGCCACCAGGAUCAGGGAGAGCCCCUGCUGGCGCACCCUCUCCAGAAUGGGCAGAAUCAUUUCCACUGGGGGAAAAGCAUAUAGCAGCGUGUUGGGCCAUGGGUGAGCUAGCGCAUCCAUCCCCAGGGGAGCAUUGCAGUCUGUUAUGGAAAAGAACAGGGGGCAAUGAGUAUUUGCUCUGGAGGCAAAAAGAUCUACUUCUGCCUUGCCGAAGUGGUCCCAUAUCUGAGCCACCACUAGUGGGUGCAAUCUCCACUCUCUCACAAGAGGACCCCCCUGGAGAGAAGGUCUGGUCCAAGGUUUAAGUGACCCGGAAUAUGUGUGGCUCUGAGGGACAGAAAAUGAACACUGCACCAUAGCAACAGAUAGUGAGACAGUUUUAACAGGGGAAGAGAGCGUGUCCCUCCCUGCUUGUUUAUGUAAGAAACCACGGUUGUGUUGUCCGUCCUGAUCAGAACAUGAUGGCCUGUCAGAACGGGACGAAAGUGCUUCAGAGCUAAAAGGGUAGCUAGUAGCUCCAGGUAAUUGAUGUGGAGUUUGCAUUGUGCUGGCGUCCACACACCUCUCACUGCUGCGCCCUCGCACAGAGCCCCCCAACCCCUCAGGGAUGCGUCUGUGGACACCACCUUGCGAAAAGACACCCUCCCUAUCGGAGAUCCCUGUUGUAGAAAACCGGGUUCUCUCCACGGGAGAAGAGCCGACAUGCAAGACUGAGUUAUCGUCAGCCUCCUCUGGAGGUGACGCUGCGCGCACAGCCGGUGAGACUGAGUCCAGCGUUGAAACGCUCUCAUUUUUAACAGUCCGAGCGGCACUACAGCGAUCAUAGAUGCCAUCAUGCCUGUCAGCUGUAAAAUCGUCCGGAAACACAGUUUGCGUCCCAACUGAAAUUGUGCAAGGCAGCGGUGAAACGCAGCCACCCUGCGUUCUGACAGACGUGCUCGGCUUGAAACGGAGCAUAUUUCCAGCCCGAGAAAUGAUACCUGUUGACUCGGAGUCAGUGAACUUUUCUGUAAAUUUACUGAAAAGCCCAGUGUUUGGAUGUGCGAUAGGGUCAAUGACAGCUGAGCCGCUGCUCGCUCUCUGGAGCUCGCGAUUAGCACCCAAUCGUCCAGAUAGGCUAAGAUGCGAACACCUUUCUCCCGUAGCGGAGCUAAUGCCGCCUCGACACAUUUGGUGAAUGUUCGGGGGCGAGUGAUAAGCCGAACGGCAGCACCAGGUAUUCGUAGGCUAUGCCCUCGAAUGCAAACCUUAGAAACUGCCUGUGGUCCGGAUGAAUUGCUACGUGAAAGUAAGCAUCUGUCAGAUCGAUAGUUGUAAACCAAUCUCCCGGUCUGAUCGCGCCCAGUAGCUGUCUGAGUGUUAGCAUCUUGAACCUGUAGGUUCGUAGGUAUUUGUUUAACACUCGCAAGUCUAGGAUAGGACGGAGCCCUCCUCCUUUUUCGGAACAACGAAAUAGCGGCUGUACCAACCUUUGUUCGUUUCCGAAGCGGGAACAACUCGUAUCGCUCUCUUGUUCAACAAGUUGUUUAUUUCUUCCCUCAGCACUGCUGCUGCUUCCUCUGCUACAACUGUGUGUAUUACAGAGUGAAAGCGAGGCGGUCGGACCCUGAACUGUAAGCGGUAGCCGAUGGCAACAGUUCUCUCUACCCACGGUGAGACUGCGCAUGCGCGCCACCGAGAGAGACGAACAGUCAGUCGACUGACCUCCAGUACUGUGGGGGAGGGGUUGUCGCCCCCUAGCGUGCCGGCUGGGAACGGCAACACUUUCUCGCCCAGACUUGAUUGAUUCAUGAUGUUUUGAAAACAAAACGAAACCUUUAUUUGAUUCAAAGAACGUACAUUUGUGACAUUCACACAGUGAACAACAGGCGCCAUUAUUGGGGCAUGUGUAUGUGAGGGGGGGUUGUGCUUGGGAGACUGUGUUAAGGGAGUGCAGCGCCUCUCGGGAUCGGACCCCUGAACGAACUUUAAACGCGGCCUCUUUGGCGGCAGAAAAUGAAGGGCGGCAGUGUCUCCGUGCUGCUGGCCCUCUCGAGUCGAUCCCGAAGCUAGGAUGACUGCUGCUUCUUCUUCCUGGGCGCCGAGUCCCUCCGGAAGCUCGGUGGCGGACCCUUGUUCCAAGCCGAAGGGCGUGGGUUCUGACCGGGUACAUGUCGCUUCACCGGCUGGGGCCCCAAGCUGGCGGGCGCUGCAGUCCUCUUAGGGGGAGGCGCUGGUGCCGGUUUGUGCGGAUAACCCUGUUGUUUGGGCCUCGCAUCACGCCUGGGGAUGAUGCUUCUCAAAGCUUCGGUUUGUUUUUUCCUCAGCUCAAACUUAGCCUGAAUGUCGUCGAGGGACUGCCCAAACAAACCGCUGGCCGACACAGGCUCGUCCAGAUAAACCGCUCUGUCCCUCUCCGGAACGUCGGAGAGAGUCAGCCACAGGUGCCUCUGCGCCACCACCGUGGAAGCCAUGCCUCUACCGAGAGACAGCGCUGCACAGCGGGACACACGGAGGAUGUAAUCUGUGGCGACCCUAGCUUCAUUGAGGAGAGGAGUAAGCGGACUGUCAGGAGGCAUACGCGAGCCGAGUUCUGCCAGACACAUAGCUUGAUAUGUCUGAAGCAUAGUGACGGAGCUCAGUGCACGAGCCGUAUUUGCCUGUGUCCUGUAAAUUUUAUCCAGCUGUGACGCUGAAAAUCUACAGUGCUUGGAUGGGAGCGUGAUGGGGCCACUGACACCGUGAUUCUGGGCCGGGGCCAGAUAAGCUGCCAGGGAUGCCUCCAUAGGCGGAGGGUUCACCAAUCCAGCUUUUUCAGCUCCAUUUAGAUCCAGAAACUGUCCACAACCGGGCACUGUGGCGCGGGUGGACAGCGGCUUGUUCCAUGUCGAGGUUAGUUCCGCGACAAAAUCCGGGAACAUGGGCAAACUGUUCUUAACAGUCGUCGGUUCGGGUGGGAGAAAAAACCCUGUGAACCGCAACGGUUUUUGAGCUGGUGGAGGAGAGGGCCAUUCUACCUCCAGUUUCUCAGCUGCACGGCGGUACAGUGAGAGGAAGGAUGUGUCGUCCAGAUCGACCGGCGCAGCAGCGGCGGCAUACUGACCUGAAGACAACGGCUCCAGCUCAUCUUCCGAAAAACCCUGCACGUCCAGGCCGAUGUCCAGCACGUCAUCGUCCUCCUGGUAACAAGCUAGCCCGGAUAGCGGCUGGCCAGCGCCCUCGGAGGGGCCCGGCUCAAACCCAGCUGACCCGUCAGCACACUCCACAUGGUCUGCCCAGCUUCCAACUGAGCCUUCGACAAGAAAGUCCUCACCACCGGACUCGGACGAAGCCGGGUCUCUGGACUCGGAAAGGAGGGGGUCGUGCAGCGCAACAGCGGUUUUUCCAAGAAUUUUCUCCACAAACUUGACCCGCCUUCCCAGGGUUGAGCUCCGAAGCCGGUGACAGGACUCACACGACUCGGGCUCAGUCAACGCCCUCCUGGCGUGGACAAUCCCCAGGCAAACGGGACAAGCCUCGUGAAGAUCCUUCUCGUGAAGGGAGAAGCCGCACCCCUGAGGACAGGGGCGAACAGAAGACUUCACCUUCACCUUCAUGGGCUUAGAGCUCAUAACGAGACUCAAAAGCUGAACGAAAUUAGCGCUCCGCGGGUAGCCGUAGGCUAACACCAACAGGGGCAGUUGAGCUAAAGUCGAUCAAGCAGUAGCCAGAGACAAGACCAGGCUAAUUUAGCAGCAGCUAGUUAGCCCGACUCGGUGUAGGUGUUCUCAGCGAGGUGAAGAGCGUAAGAACUGAAGGAUGACUGUGGUGUUACACGUAUAUAUGUGCAGGCGGAGCCUCCCAGACGUCACCACAGAUCAUCUGCCUUAAAGGCGUGAAUAAAGGUGUCUUCAGUCAGGUCACGCAGGGGCGUGAUAUCCCAUACUAUAUGUGUUGUACCUCGUUCCUCUCCUUCAGGGAACCUGGCCGUUACUCGACCUCCCCAAUUCCGAUGGAGGGCCGUCCAAUAGGUGGAAGGAGGGAUGGUCAAAAGGUGAUUGGUGGUCCGAAGGUAGGUUGCUUUCAUUUUCGGAGGGGAUUAUUCUAAUCAGUUCACAAAAUGUGCUUGAAUGAUAAAAGGAUUUUUUUUUAAAUUUUCUCUUGCAGACUCUGCAGAGAUCUUUGUCCCAAGCGAUUGGGACGUCUCAUUACCAGCCAGAGGAUGACAGCAACAGCAGCAGCAGCAGAACUGCUGAAAAGACUGAUGAAGGUUAA